AUGAUGGAUUCGUGUGUCCCGCCGGGAUUUCGGUUUCAUCCGACCGACGGAGAGCUCGUUGGUUAUUAUCUUAGAAAGAAAAUUGCUUCUCACAAUAUUGAUCUUGAUGUUAUCAAAGAAAUCGAUCUAUAUCGUAUCGAACCAUGGGAUCUCCAAGAUAUGUGCAGAAUUGGGAAUGAGGAGCAGCAUGAAUGGUAUUUUUUUAGUCACAAAGAUAAGAAAUAUCCGACUGGGACGAGGACGAACCGAGCUACAAUGGUGGGGUUCUGGAAAGCAACAGGAAGAGAUAAGUCAGUGUAUGAAGGAACAAAGCUUAUUGGAAUGAGGAAGACACUUGUUUUCUACAAAGGAAGAGCUCCUAAUGGACAGAAAACUGAUUGGAUCAUGCAUGAGUAUAGGGUUGAAACUGUAGAAAAUGCACCUCCGCAGGAGGAAGGUUGGGUUGUGUGCAAAGCAUUCAAGAAGAAAACCAAUGUUCAAACAAAGACUAAUGAAAGAUGGGAACCAACCAACUUAUAUGAUAUGGAACAAACAAGUGGCAUCAUCUCAAGGCAACCUCAGAGGAUUUCAUCUCAAAAUUUCAUGUACAAGCAAGAUAUAGAAGAAGAUAACUUAAUCUUCAUGCACUCACAACAACUGGUACCUCUUCCUCAGUUAGAAAGUCUCUCUUUGCCAUUAGAAAAGAGACAAAUUUCAAUGUCAAUAGAGUCAGAAAAUAAUGUUAACAAUAAUGAUGUUCAAAUUGGAUUGUUAUCCAGCAUCAGCAAAACUGAGAAAGUGACUGAUUGGAGAGAUCUUGACAAGUUUGUAGCUUCUCAGUUGAGUCAAGAAGAUCAUAGAUAUGAGACAAGCUCAGACAUGUCAUUGUUGCUACUUCAAAGUAGUAGAGAUGAAGAGAUAAAGUUAAGCUCAUUUUUAAGCUCAAGCUUAGAUUGUGACAUUGGGAUAUGUGUAUUUGAAAAUUAA